AUGGAAAAAGUUACAGGAAAAACGCUUUUGGAAAGAGUGCUGCUCAAAAGUACGAAGCACGUAGCUUGCAUAACUGCAGAGGUAGAAAGAUUAAUCGAUGAACAUGAUUUACCACAGUUAUACAAUGGUUGGACGGAGGAGAAUGAAGAAGAGCUCGCUGAGUCGGUUAUUCGAAGCAGUUGUUCUGAAAAUGAUGAGGAAAGAUAUGAGGAACUAAAAAGGUUAUUGGAGAGGUCACUGAGACAAAUAAGGGAAUACAAGGAACUUUGCCAAAAGGUAGAGGAAAGACGCGUUGAGAAGUACGACUGCGAGAACAGUCAUCACGAAAAAAAGUAA